AUGAUUGGAUUUGCAACCGGUUUUCUACUAUGGACAGCAGUCCAUGCUGUCCCCACAAAAUCUUCUCCCACAGUGGCAGUGCGCAAUGGAACCUAUACUGGAGUGCGAAGCUCAACCUACAACCAGGAUUUCUUCCUGGGUAUGCCGUAUGCCCAGCAGCCAGUGGGUAAUUUGCGCUUUACUGUGCCGCAGUCAUUAAAUGCGAGCUGGGAUGAUACACGCGAUGCGACACAGUACUCGGAUAUUUGUGUUGGAUAUGGUACGGACUCGAUUUGGUACCCUCAGUCAGAAGCAUGUCUUACCCUGAACGUCAUCCGGGGUUCAUCUGCCAACAAAGACUCGAAACUUCCUGUUGGGGUGUGGAUUCAUGGCGGUGGAUUUUAUCAAGGCUCUGGGGCUGAUGAGCGUUACAACAUGUCUGCGAUUGUGGAAAACUCAUAUCAAAUUGACAAACCGUUCAUCGCCGUCACACUGAACUAUAGACUCUCAGCAUGGGGCUUUAUCAGCUCUAGUCAAGUCUCUGGCAGCGGAAACACGAAUCUUGGGUUGAGAGAUCAGAGGCUGGCGCUUCAAUGGGUCCAGGAAAACAUCGGCGCCUUUGGCGGUGAUCCCAAGAAAGUCACCAUCUGGGGCGAGUCCGCAGGUGCCAUGUCAGUGGGAUAUCAUCUUACAGCAUACAACGGACGGGAUGACAAGCUGUUUCGGGCUGGCAUCAUGCAGUCUGGGGGGUCGAUACCCGCCAGUCCGGGAAAUUAUACGACGUUCCAAUCAAAGUACAACACAUUGGCCUCCAAGGUAGGCUGCUCGGACGUCGUGGAUUCAUUGCAGUGCCUUCGCGAAGUACCAUUUGAGACACUUAACACUGCUCUAAACGGCACGAAGGGUAACUCUGAUUACAACUUUUCGCCAGUCGUGGACGGGGAUUUGAUUCAGAACUGGGGUAGUAUUCAACUGGACAAGCAUGCAUUCGUGAAAGUUCCUAUCAUGGCUGGCACCAACACGGACGAAGGAACAGCAUUCGGACCCAGAGGAAUCAACACCACAGAGCAAUGGUAUCAAUACUUAACAAACGGCGGAUUGAACUUCCAAACACCCCCCUCUGUAGCCAAGCGCAUCCUCGAACUCUACCCCGACGACCCAUCGCAAGGAAUUCCAGCAUAUCUCGGAGACCAGCGCGUGCCUUCAAACGGCCACCAAUGGCGCCGCACCUCAGCGUUCGCAGGUGACUGGUUCAUGCAUGCCAAUCGCCGGCGACAAUGCGAAGCAUGGGCCGAGACAUCAACCCCAGCAUACUGCUACCGGUUCAACGUUCACUCAGCAGAUGUGCCACUCCUUUCGGGUGUGACCCAUUUCGAGGAGGUAUCAUUUGUGUUCCACAACAUUGCCGGACUGGGAUAUCACUACGGCAAACCGUUUGCCGGGGUGCCGCAGUCAUACAUUGACCUCAGUUCUAUUAUGACGAGCAUGUGGGCAUCUUUUAUCCACGACCUCGAUCCAAACCCGGGUGUGAAGACUCCUGUGUACUGGGAUUCUUAUUCUAUGGACAAGCCCGUUGAUCUCUGUCUCGAUGCUAAUACUACCAGUCAUAUGGAGCCUGAUACAUGGCGCAAAGACGGGAUCGACUAUAUCAACUCGGUUGCGCGGGCUUUUUGGCGGUAG